GUUUAAAUAAGCCAACUGGUCAGACAGAAAGCAAUUAGCGCGCUGUGGAAGCAAGGUAAGACUUUCGUGUUCACGAAUCUUUCUUAUUUCUUGCUUCGUUUGUGCAUUUGUGUGACUAUACUUCAUUUUGAAUCAUCUCUCUCCAAAAGCGCUGAGAUCGAUAACCUUAGAGCAGUUUAAGUUUCAAAGAGAGCAGAACAUUAGAUUUCCUCUGAAUAGUCUUUAUCCGAAUGGUCAUCCGCCGGCCGGGGACUUAAAUUAAGUCAGAACCACCUUGUACAUCAUAAUAAACAGUACCACAUGAAAGUAAUCCUCAAUAGCUUCCAUUUGAAUCAUCACACUAGAAUUUCAUCCACAGACUUAAAAGUUAGAACCACCUUGUACAGCAUAAUAAACAGUACGCUGACAGGACCACAUGGAAGUUCUCCUGUUUAAAUAACGACGACGAAUUUAAUACAUUUUCCGGUAGUAAAAAUAAUUUAUUGGAUUAUGGGGUCAAGCAUUUUCCAGACGUCUAACCAGACACGUGCACCGAGUUUUAUCUUACAUGCAUGAGUUCACAGGAGGUCACUGGCUAAAGAUAUCACUAAUUCUUUGUAAAGCACUGUGUGUACACAGUACCGGGAAUUCCGAUUUUUCGAACCUCUAAAGGAAACGAAAAUUGGUUGGAGAAAUCGGUCGUGGCGAAAUUAAUGCUCGACUGAGUACAGGGAAACGACUUUUGGUUCGAGUUAUCGAGAGGUUCGAAAACUCGAGUGUUCAAAAAGUUGGAAUUCCACCGUAACUUCAUCGCUGAUAAGUUGCGAACGAAGACUGACAAAUUCAUACGAUGCCGAUUGAAAUUCGAAAUGGCUCAUUCCACAACGGAACCUCCACCGACGGAGUCAGCAGUCGUGAAGGAACACUUACGACGCUUUAAACUCGUCAUGUACAUUCUGAUCCUAGUAAUCAGUGUCCUGGCCAACACAUUCAUGCUCUUAGUACUCUGGAGGAAAUUUCGCCGACACAGAAAAACAGCCAAGAGUUUUAUCGUGUUGAUGCAGAACCUCGCCUUAUCUAGCCUCGUUCUCGUGCUAGCCUCCAUUCCAUUCGACGCUGUCUGGCAGGAGUCGGACACGUGGCCGUUCGGUCCCGGGGGGUGCAAGAUUCUGUGGCCAUUACAGACUGCUUCGUUGCAGGCUAUGGUGUACACUUACGUGGCUCUGGCGUAUCAUAGAUUCUAUGGCGUGUCAAAAAAUCUCCUUGGUCAAAUGAAAUUCAUCUACGCUGUCGUGACCACGUUCUUUAUAUGGAUUGCGGGUAUCAUAACAGUUAUUCCAUUGGUGCUAAACUUGGAUUACAACUACGGAAACCAUACCUGUGACAGGAAUUGGAACUCGCAAUCAAGCCGUCAGGGGUACACCAUCUCUCUGUUGCUGCUGGAUUACCUACUGCCGCUUAUCGCUCUGCUCAUUUUGUACGUGAUGGUCUGGGGACGACUCCAAAGUUAUAAAAUCCUAGAUCCUGAACGCGCCAGCAGAAGAGACCGCCAUAGCCGUAUCGUGCGAAUGAUGGCAUCAUACGUCAUCGUGUUCGCCUUCUUCCUUCUGCCUCAUCAAAUCAUGUCGUUAAUUCAGGAUUUCGGCAACGGCGACGAAAAACUUUACUUCAAAGACGCCACGUAUGUCUUGAACAUCUUCACAUAUGGCCUCACUAUCGCAAACCCCAUUCUGUUCUUUGUCUACAACCCGGAAUUCAGACGCCAUUUUUGGCAUUUCUUCAAAUGCCAUUGCAUCACGAAGAGGGAGAGGUUCAGCAUCGAAAACUUGUCCGAGUCCUUCUCGGAAGAAUCCAUCGGACCUCGAAAACCUCAGUUCCAGCCCCCGCCCAAGUACGAGAUGCAUGAAAAGAAGGAAAACAACUACGUCUCCACGCCAACCAUUCAGCACUCCGAAACGAGCAGUCUGCCGCGUCAUGAUUCAGGGCUUGGAUUGGUUGAAGCUGGCCUGUUUCCUUCGGCGGUGGAUCGAAUGCGCACAGCGGGGAAGUACCGCGAGUCCACGCCUUCAGCGUCCCCGCCGGGUUCGGAUGUGGUUAGUUACACGGAUGCGAGAGAUUCAGUGGACCAAGGUAGUGAAAUGUUAUAAGUUAGUUAUGCGUGCAAACAGAGCUUUGGGGUUUAGUAGAGACUAUAUAUAAAGGACCGUGUCGAUUUCGGACACCUGGAGAAGAUACCGGCCUAAACGUUAUACACGAGCAAUGAAACAUUGGGACGUUUUACAUCUCGCCUUCCAAGUCGUUAUGCUCGUUUAUCUUCACCUGAACUUACUACUCUAGGCCGUAUUUCGAAACAUAAAUUCUCCUAAGUGAUUUUCACAGAUUGCUUGUAAUGUUAGUUGAGAGAAUUUGGUAUUAUAUCUAGACGAUAUCCCUUAGUGAAUGAGUUUCUCUAUACUCGACAUCUCCGUUAAUACGGUCACCUUGAAUUACGGCCAUUGUAUUCCGGCCCGAACAAAAGCUCAGUCAGUCAUUUUCUUAUUUAAAGAACCCCUCGUAAACUAAACCAAAAACCAAAGUACUCUUUGGAGAAAGAGGUAAGCAAUAUUUCAUGUCAUUGAUUUGUGAAGAAACUCCAAACAGUGUUAACCAUUUUAUAGCUUGCUUAAGCCUUUUGAUUCCCUGAGGAACACAGGGCCGCAACCAUUUUAUAGCGGUGAAUUUAAAAUAAGGAUACUUUAGAAAGCAACACUAACUUCAGUAAAGCACGAUUUCAAUGCAGCGAGAGUGUUGCUCACACAUUUAGUAUAUGCAGAGCAGCACACGGGCAAACGUUUUGUGAUUACAGAGGGUUGGCAGUCUCAGUUUAGCUCGGGAAGGCCUGUUGUGAACUUGACCUUGAGUGAUAUGAAAUAUGUUGGCUUAGUUUCUUGGAAUUUGGGAGCAGUUUGACUAUGACGCCAAAAAUUGCAUUUCGGUUGUGUCACACAUAGUUUAUCUACGACGAAAGUUCUGUAGAAUGCUAUAUUUUACCAGCUUAGCACAUCAAAGCUAAAAGAAAAAACGUAACGAGUCUGGGAAGGCUAGCGGCCCGCUGGAAAGGAGGCGGUCGUCGCUUCCUAACGCGGGCUCUCAGGGCUAUUUCCAGUCCUCCCGCUGCCAGACACAGACAAGUAUUUCACACAUCGACAACAUUAGCAAAACUGAGUGUUUUCUUCUUCUUAUGUAUAAAGGAACCUCGUCUCUUCAAAACAGUAUUUUUCCAUCAGUAAUGUUUCUUAGUGGCUUUAAACCAAUCAAAUCGAGCGUAGCAUGUUUCUUAUUUUAUGAUUUGAAAUCUUAUUAAAUGAUUUUCCGUUGAAAUGUAAUGAUUCAUUUUUCAGAAUCAGGCUAUAUUUUGCAAAAUACGUGAAUGAGAUCGCUUCAUUUAACAGAAUAUCAUUUAAUAAGGUAUUUAUAUAGUGUUGCUAGAAUAUUUACUUGCCAAAAUGACACGAAAUAAGCAUUUAUAAUGUAUUAAUACCAAAUAGUUGUGUGUUUCAAGAUGGCGAAAACGCGGCAGAUCGACUAUUGUCGUUAGACAAGAAAUAUUUUAAAUACUGAUUACAAUAAUCGCAAGCAAAAUGAACUUAGACAAAUAAGCAAUGCUACCGAGAAAUACAUAAACGACUUUCCCUUUGUAAAAUCCAGGGAUUUAAUUCAGUUUCUUUUGAUUAAAUUUGGUUUUUGGGCGCUCAACUUGGUAAAAGUUGAGUUGAUUUACGUAUUCAAUGUUAGCAAGAACACUUAUGUAUAGUUUCCAAACGUAUUUCUCUGUUACCUAAGCAAUAGACCGCAAGUUGUUAUGGUUUAUAGGCUGAUAAACCACUUGGAAUGUUGGAAGAACACUAGAAGAAUUCGUAAAUCACG